CCGCCGGAGCCGCGGCGUCCCCGGUGCGGCCCUCGGCCCCGCUCCCGACCCCGCAUCCCGCCGGCCCCAGGAUGGGCGCGCGCGCCUCGGGCGGGCCCCGGGCCCGGCCCGGGCUCCUGCUGCUUCUCCUGCUGCUGCUGCUCGGGCUCCUGGCCCCGGGCGCGCAGGGGGCGCGGGGCCGCGGCGGCGCCGAGAAGAACAGCUACCGCCGCACGGUCAACACCUUCUCGCAGAGCGUCAGCAGCCUGUUCGGCGAGGACAACGUGCGCGCCGCUCACAAGUUCCUGACCAGGCUGACCGAGAGGUUCGUGCUGGGGGUGGACAUGUUCAUCGAAACGCUGUGGAAAGUUUGGAUGGAGCUCUUGGAUGUUCUUGGACUUGAUGUGUCGAACCUGUCCCAGUAUUUCAGCCCGGCCUCGGUGGCCAACAGCCCGGCCCGCGCCCUCUUGCUGGUGGGCGUCGUCCUCCUGGCCUACUGGUUCCUGUCUCUGACGCUGGGCUUCACCUUCAGCCUCCUGCACGUGGUGUUCGGCCGCUUCUUCUGGAUCGCCCGGGUCAUCCUGUUUUCCAUGUCCUGCGUCUACGUCCUGCACAAGUACGAGGGGGAGCCGGAGAACGCAGUCCUGCCCCUGUGCUUCGUGGUGGCCAUCUACUUCAUGACCGGGCCCAUGGGCUUCUACUGGCGCAGCAGCCCCAGUGGCCCCAGCGUGGAGGAGAAGCUGGAGCACCUGGAGAACCAGGUCAGACUGCUCAACAUCCGCCUCAACAAAGUGCUGGAGAGUCUCGACCGCACCAACGGCAAGUGACAAUCAGCCAGCCGGCCGGGUCCCCCCGUACCAGCGCCCUGUCUCAGAAAGCAAAAAAGAAGAAGGAAAAAAAGAACAGCAAAGCCCAAACAGUCCUGAUGAACAUUCCCGGGCAGGAGCCGGGGCGCUGUGCGAGGGUAUUUCCGGCCACGUGUCAACCCCUAGGACACGUUCCCAGAGGAAUGACAGGAUCGUUGACGCGGAACCACCCGCGAAGGGUCGUUAGUGGGGGGAAGAAAUAUUUUUUAAAACAAAGGAUAUAACCAUAUUAGCUGUAUGGUAAGAGUUUAUCUGUGCAUAGUGCAUAAAGUUAAUUUUUUCAAGCACUUAAAUACAUCUUUUGUAAGGUUUUUUAAUAAAGGCAGAUCGAGUCAAGUUUAAUAAAACUUUACACUGAGGGGGAGAAUAUGCUAAUCGGACGUUUUAGACCAAGAGUUCCAGCGCCACUGUUUGUUGUCACGGCAUAGGGAUUGGUGGGUGAGGUCUGUGUGCGUUCUUCUCAUGUUCCAAAACCGUGAACUUCGUUUUAUGUCAUUUUUGGUUGACCCGACUUAGCUGAUGGAUGUCGUUGUUUCUGGAUGUGGGUGGUUGGGGUCCAGGACGGAACUAAACAUCUUCUGGGUCCUCGUGACCCCAGCCAGGCCCCCGUCAAUUAUAUUUCUAAAUGGAGAAAGAGAUCGUUAUUCAUAGAAAACCUGAGAUCGUUUGUUUCUGUUUUUGUUUUCCCUUUCUGAACUUUGAUGUUUUUAACCUCCACGUUUUGUAAGGGAAGAUCCAAGGACCAAGCAAAGAAAUGUCUUUGGAGUUCGAUGCCGAGAGCUACCUGGGUGAGUGCCAAAACUCCCCCUGUCCGGAGUCUAUCUGAUGCCCCGGUAUCACCAUUCGCCAGCUAGACCUGUAGAGAAAAGGUACGCUCUCAAGGGUUUUUAUUUGCGUCACUGUAGCGUGGGUUGACUCAGGACCUCGGAAUUAAAACAAACUCUAGCAGCUAAUAACAUUUUCAAGUCUCUUGCUGCUUAUAAGGCAUUCUCAGGAGCAGUAAGCAGCAAUAAACACGCCUUGGAGAAGAUCCGAAUUCUUUUUCCUGAAAUUUUUACGACACACGUGUUUUGCGCUUUCUGUGUGAAGUCUGUGGUGCCCUCAUUUUCGGCGGCGCCUAGGGGCAGAGAGGGACAUACUGGGCAGACAGCGAUGGGGGUCCUCGACAGGGGCGCCUUGCGAGGCUGGAUCAGGGCUCGAUGCACGCGGCCCAGUGUAGGCCCCCCCCCCCCCAGGCCUGUUGGUAAGCAUCAGGCAACACAUGAACAAGGAAAGCGAGCUCUGGCUGCCACAAUCCUUCCCUGCCCACCUACGUGCCCCGGUGGCCCCCCGACAGAGCCUCUGUAUGCAGAUUUGCAGAGACCCCCCCCCCCAGUUGGAUCGGGUAGAACCAAGACCCCCACGGUCCACCCAUCGUUCCGGAGAGACACUCAGCUGUCUGCUAACUCCUGUGCGGUUUCUGUGAAGUUUUACUGCUGGAUGCAAGUAUCCGGAAAACCAGAGCGGAUGUUUCUGAGAAUGUUUACGAAACCUCUCUGUGUGAGGUGCACGUAAUGGGACCCAACCUUUGCAGCAUUCGGUUCUCUUCCUGAAACGCAUACGUGUUUUCCGGGGUCUGCCCGGGGCAAACCUUUCUCCGGGGGCAUUUGGAGCCCGAAGCCGUUGCAGUCAGAAUCUUGGAGGCCAGUCUCUUUUAGCACAAGGGGUAUAAAAAAUAGCCCCGGGAGGCCAUCCCGGCCUGCCUUCCUCUUGUGCAUUUGGCUCUCGUGCAUCGGGCGCGUUGAGAUCCCAAAACAUUGCUUUGCUCGCGUUGGCCAGGGCAGAACUGACGUUUCUCUGCACACAGCUUGUAAGUCCUAAACUGUCACUGGUCUGGAUGGAAUAUCCACUCUGUUCCCCCGGCCGCCUUCCCCCGCGAACCCUGAAAGGCACCGUGCUGUGUUGGGGUCAACAGGAAAACCGUUUUCACUUCCGGUAAACCAAGGGAGGCGCGUGCACCUGGGCGCUGGCGCGCGGAGGCCGUAAGCAGCAGGUAGAAAUCGCUGUUGGUCACAUGCGCUGUUUCCACCCCAUUAGCCAAGGGUGGGCUCUCUGAGGCCAACCUUGGUUUCAUGCACUGCGAUGAAAGAUGGCUUUAUUUUUAAUGAAAGCACCUACAGUUACAAAGGAGUAUCACUUCGAGGCAGAACAUUCUUUGGAAUUCUGGUAGAAACCGUGGACGUUCGGUCUGAACAACGCCUGCUUUUUAACGCAUCCAUUUGACUUUUGUUUUGGGGCCUCGUCUUAACCCCAAAUAGUUGGGGAUUUUAUUUUCUCUCUCUCCGCUCCACGGAAGCUUCUUAGGGUAUUUGGCCUUUCCCACUACUCCCCGUGUCUUUCUUUUUUCUCUCUUUUGUACAUGGGGGGAAAAAUGUAUUUUUGUACCACAUCUCAUACCUGGAAGAGAAACCUUUUUUUAAUGUCUUCUGGGUUGUAGGACCUAUUAGGGCGACACUUCAUAUUCAGUGUGAUCUAAAAAACCCUGACAGAAACGACCGUGGAUGGGUUCGAAUUAAGACUCUGUUUUCUAGAGAUCUUAAACUCGACUAGUUUUUAUUUUCCAGUGCCUCAGUAACAACCAACGCCAAGGACAGAAAAGGAAAAGGACCGGCCGUCUCAAAAUUGCUGCACUUGAGUGGAUCUUCUGGAGUCUGUGUUCAGAGGGACCUGUUCCCUGACGUGCUAGCAAAGAUGCUUCCGUGGUACGUCAGCCCUCCACAAAGGCAUUCCCCGUACCGGUCAAGAUCAGCAUCCCCUGGCUUCCAGGGGGGGUGUGGGGGGUGGUUUGGCCUCAUGUUUCCGUGAUAACCCACAUCACUUCUGGGGGCAAAACACAGCAACGGAAUUUCUUGAAAGCUGCUCUUGUGAACUGUGCCGGGGUCUUCAUUUACGAAGGUGACCUGGGUGACAGCACGGGGGCUAAUCCCGUUGAGAGAAGGUUCUCGGCACGGUUCCCUAAAGCACCUGGCCGCAGCAUGCCUUGCAGGGCCUCGCGAAGCCUCACACGGGGUCGGGACGCGGACUGGGUGUGUGUCUGGGCUCCGUCACCGCGGUGGGAGGAAGCAACGGGUUUGAACAUGCCUUACUGGUGCCAGGCGCGGACGUGCAGGUUGGGGGGCAGUGGUCGGGAGGGUUGUGAUGUGACUUUGCACGCCCGCGAGGGCUGGCUCGGGGGGAAUGUGUAAACCACCUUGAUUGCCGGUCUGCCUCCGAUUCAGCGGCCUCACGGAGAGGUUAGGAAAAACACGCCAAAGCCAACGCAUCCAAAACACGGUUAAUACGCCUUGUCAUUAGCGGAAAUUCUGAACUGUUUCGUUUCUGUGCUUCCUGGUACUCCCCAAGAUGCUUUAGGUGAAGGACGUCUGGUAACUUCUCCCUGACGGGGUUCGAAUUGCCUGACUGAACCCAAAAGCCAGCUCCGGCCAUCCAGCUGGCUUGUGUUAGCAGGAAUUCCUAAGGCCCUGAGGUGUCACCCCCUCGUCCCCAAAUCAAAAUAGUAAUGAUAAUAGAUCUCCAUUCUGCAAAGUUUUGUUUACGGUCCUUUGAGUCUUGGACUUUUUGCCCCUCACUUGUGAGUGGUGAGCGAUAGAAUCAUCUAUUUUUUGCGGGGUCUAACAUAGUACCCUUAAAAUUAGUAACGGACAGCCGUCGAUAUGAUAUACAGUCUCUGGGAGAAGCAGGCUUUGUUCAGCGUCCUGAGUUUUUUGCAGGAGACAGAGCAGGACCAGUUUUUUCCCCUGUGGUGGCAUAAAAAGCUGAUGGUCACUUGCGUCGUUUACGGGAAACCUGUGGCAGCUAACGGUGUCAUCGACCCUAUGUCCCCACGUCUUUUCGCAGAUUUCAAGGUUUUAUUGUGGUGUCAGCUUAACAGUCGCAUGUGUGUUCAAUCUCUGGGUACCGUGCAAUUCAACUGAUUUCUUGUGAUGGUGACGGUGAUUUGUGGUCACUUAAAAUCCAGCGAAGCAAUCCUUUAUUUCCUUCUGAACUGGAAAUCAUACUAGUGAGGUAACGGUGUCCAUUAUCAAACAGUGCGUUCGUGAUUGAGUUCAUCCUUUGUGUAUCUGGUUAUCGAUUUUAUGCAGCAUUUGAUUUCACGCUUAAUCUAAACCCAUCGGAUUUGAAUACGCUGGUGUGUGUGUGUCUGUGCUGUGUGCACAUUUUCAUUGCCUAAAGCCUUGGGAAACUGAUUCUGUGAGUGUCGAAUAGAGACCUGAAUGUAUAAGGCUUCUUUUAUUUGCAAAGUGCUAAAUACAUUCCUCUUAUUUAUUAAAUCACUGGCUUUAGUGUUCUGUAGAGAUAUUUGUAGACCGAUUUCAGAACAGAAUGAAAAUAUUGUGAAAAUUGCGGCUCAAUAAACGUUUAUUGUAAUUUCGUUGUACGGGCUUCCUAAAUAUAUGUCAUCACUCCUAACCGAGCAUUGGUGGAAUUUC